AUGGGCUGCCCUGCCACUCGCCAGGCGCUCAAAACACCGGUACAGCAGUCGUGUGACGACAAAGAUGGCCACUACAUUGUCAAGCCAAACGACAUUUUGGCAUCGCAGUACCGCAUUAUCCGUCUCCUGGGCCAGGGCACCUUCGGAAAAGUUGUCGAGGCGACCGAUGGCGAAGGCAAGAAGUACGCAAUCAAGAUCAUUCGUUCGACGCCCAAGUACAGGGAAGCCUCUCGCGUGGAGGUCCGCGUGCUCGAGCACAUCAAACGCGAGGACCCCACAAACUCGAUGCAAUGCAUCCAGCUGCGGAAGUUCUUUGAGUACAAGCACCACAGCUGCAUGGUGUUUGACCUGCUGAGCCAGAGUGUCUUUGACUUUCUCAAGGACAACCACUUCAAUCCUUUCCCGCCAGAGCACAUAUUCCGAUUUACGAAACAAAUCGUGACCGCGGUUGCGUUUCUGCAUCGGAACGAGCUGGUUCACACGGAUCUCAAGCCAGAAAACAUCAUGCUGAACGACAAUUCUUACACGCUCUCGACGACCGAUAUCGGGGUGGGUCUCAAACCCAAAAAGCUCCUCAAAAACGCCACAAUCCAGCUGAUCGAUUUUGGCAGCGCAGUCUUUGAGCGCGAGUAUCACUCGACUGUCGUCAGCACGCGCCACUACCGAGCGCCCGAGGUGAUUCUGAAUCUCGGAUGGUCAUAUCCGUGCGAUAUGUGGUCCGUCGGGUGCAUCCUGGUCGAGUUCUGGACAGGCGACGCGCUUUUCCAGACCCACGACAAUCUGGAGCAUCUGGCCAUGAUGGAACAGGUGCUUGGUCGAUUCCCGCUGUCGAUGAUAGAAAAGUCUUCGGUCUUCCAAAAGUAUUUCAACGCCGAUGGAUCUGUUUCCCAUCCAAAGGAAGACACUACCAAGACCAGCAUCAACAACGUGCGGCGAAUGAAGCGAAUAAGCGAUAUCAUCAAGGUCAAGCGCAACGACGACUUUGCGUUCCGCUUCCUGGAUCUCGUGUCGCGCAUGCUCACACCCGAUCCAAAGGAGCGCAUUACGGCCCAGGAUGCCCUGCAUCACUCAUUCUUUUCCCUGUAUCCAGGAUGUUGA